AUGUUCAAACGAGCCGCCGCCACUCUCCCAACCCAAGCCGCCCGCGCUCUCACCACCGCCUCCCGCACCACCGCCCCCUCCUUCGCCCGCGCAACCACACCAACCAUCCAGCAUGGCCUCCCGCAACGCCGCGCCUACCACGAAAAAGUCCUCGACCACUACAACAACCCGCGCAACGUCGGCAGCAUGGGCAAGAACGAAGCCGACGUCGGCACGGGGCUCGUCGGCGCUCCGGCAUGUGGCGACGUGAUGAAGCUGCAGAUCAAGGUCGACCCGGACAACGACACCAUCACGGACGUCAAGUUCAAGACGUUCGGGUGCGGGUCGGCGAUUGCGAGUAGUUCGUAUUUGACUGAACUGGUGAGGGGGAUGACAUUGGAGCAGGCGGGGCGGAUCAGGAAUACGGAGAUUGCCAAGGAGUUGUCGCUGCCGCCGGUCAAGUUGCACUGCUCGAUGCUUGCGGAGGACGCUAUCAAGUCCGCCAUCACGAACUACUACACCAAGAACCCCAAAGCCAAGGCGACCGAUUUGGGCGGUACUGGCGCAGCCAUGCCAAAGAUUGAGAUCGAGAAGCUGCCGGCUGAUGCGCCGACCGCGGCGACUGCGUAA